AUGUCUUCAAAAACCAGAUCUGGUUUGUCUGAAACUCCUCCUAGCAAACCAUCACCAGCAACUCCUAGAGUUAGUAAACUGAGCCGAGGAGUGGCUAAAUCAGAGUCUGAUUCGCCUUCUCCCCUGCAAAGCUCUCGUCUUUCGAUCGAUCGAUCACCACGAUCCAUAAGUUCAAAGCCCACGGUUGAUCGUAGGACACCAAAGCUUACUAGCACUACACCCCCUGAAAAACCACAGACACGAUUGGUGAAGGGUUCAGAGUUGCAGGCUCAAUUGAAUCGUGUUCAGGAAGAUUUAAAGAGAGCAAGGGAGCAGAUAGAAUUGAUUGAAAAAGAGAAGGCUCAAGCAAUUGAUGAACUGAAACAAGCACAGAAAGCAGCUGAGGAUGCAAACGAGAAGCUUCAAGAAGCUUUGGUGGCUCAAAAGCGAGCUGAGGAGAAUUCUGAGAUUGAGAAGUUCCGAGCUGUUGAGUUGGAACAGGCUGGGAUUGAGACGGCCCAGAAGAAGGAAGAGGAAUGGCAGAAAGAGCUUGAAGCUGUAAGAAGCCAGCAUGCUUUGGAUGUUACUGCCCUUCUCUCUACCACUCAGGAGGCUCAAAGGUUGAAGCAAGAACUGGCCAUGACUACUGAUGCAAAGAACCAGGCACUGAGUCAUGCUGACGAUGCAACUAAGAUUGCUGAGAUUCAUGCAGAGAAGGUGGAGAUUCUUUCAGCUGAGAUGAGCCGCUUGAAGGUAUUACUUGAUUCAAAGCUUCAAACAGAGGCUAAUGAAAGCCACAAAAUGGUGUUGCAGCUUAAUGAUGAGAUAAAUUCAUUGAAACAGCAGCUUGAGAAAGCUAAAGGUUUUGAGGAUAUGUUGAGUGAAAGAGAGGCUUUCAUAGAACAGCUCAAUGUUGAGCUAGAAGCUGCCAAGAUGGCUGAAUCUUAUGCAUGCAACUUAGUAGAGGAGUGGAAAAACAGGGUUGAGGAAUUAGAGUUGCAGGCUGCAGAAGCAAGUAAGUUGGAGAGAUCUGCAUCGGAAUCUUUGGGUUCGGUCAUGAAACAACUUGAAGCAAACAAUGAUUUAUUGCAUGAUGCAGAAACUGAAAUUGCUGCUCUUAAAGAGAAGGUUGGCUUGCUGGAAAUGACAAUUAGAAGGCAGAAAGGAGAUCUUGACGAAUCAGAAAAUUCUCUAGGUAUGGUAAAGGAAGAAGCAUCGGUCAUGGCUAAAAGGGUAGAGUCUCUGAUGUUUGAGUUGGAAACUGUGAAGGAAGAGAAAGCCCAGGCUUUGAACAAUGAAAAGCUUGCAGCUUCUAGUGUUGUAAGUCUGUUAGAAGAGAAAAACAAACUCAUAACUGAGUUGGAGAAUUCCAGGGAUGAGGAGGAAAAGAGCAAGAAGGCAAUGGAAAGUUUAGCUUCAGCCUUACAUGAAGUUUCUGCAGAAGCAAGGGAAGCCAAAGAAAGUCUGGUAUCCAAUCAAAUGGAGCGUGAACACUAUGAAACCCAAAUAGAAGACUUGAGAUUGGUCCUGAAGGCAACUAAUGAAAAAUGUGAAACUGUGCUUGGUGAUGCAAAACUUGAGAUUGAUCUCCUUCGAAACACUGUUGAAGAAUCCAAGAAUGAAUUUCAGAAUUCAAAGGCUGAAUGGGAGCAAAAAGAAAAAAGUCUAGUGAAUUCUGUAGGGAAAUCAGAAGAAGAAAACUCCUCUUUGGAAAAAGAAAUAGAUAGGUUGGUGAAUUUGCUGAAGCACACUGAGGAAGAAGCUUGUGGAAUGAGGGACGAAGAAGCUCAUUUGAAGGAUAGCCUGAAGGAAGUUGAAGCUGAGGUGAUUUCUUUGCAGGAAGCUCUCGGAGAAGCAAAGGUUGAGAGCAUGAAACUAAAAGAAAGUAUAUUGGACAAAGAAAAUGAGUUGCAGAAUAUUAUUCAGGAAAAUGAAGAUCUCCGGACUAAGGAAGCAUCUUCACUUAAGAAGGUUGAGGAGUUGUCUAAGUUACUUGAGGAAGCUAUGGCUAAAAAGCAAACGGAGGAAGAUCGUGAGCUUACAGAUAGUGAAAAGGACUAUGAUUUGCUCCCAAAGGUGGUUGAGUUCUCUGAAGAAAAUGGACAUGUGAGAGAAGAGAGGCCCAAAAUAGAGCUUCAACCACAGCAAUCUGAUGAGCUGAAAGCAGAAAAUGCACAGGAACAGGUUAAUGGUGUGAAAAAUGAGGAUGCUCACAACAUUGAGAAAGUGAAUGGAAAACCGAAGGAAGAUGAGAGCAAAGAAAAGGAAGAUGACUCUGUGGAGGUUGAAUUUAAGAUGUGGGAGAGUUGCAAGAUUGAAAAGAAAGAGUUUUCACCGGAAAGAGAAACGGAGCAGGGAUCCUUCGAGGAGGAAGUGGACUCCAAGGUUGAUGGUGGUGAGAUCUUUGAUCAAAUAAAUGGUUUAUCUUCAACAGAAAAUGUGGAUGAUGGUGGAAGCUCACCUUCAAAGCAGCAGCAACAGAAGAAGAAGAAGCCUCUGCUCCGCAAGUUUGGAAGCCUACUCAAGAAGAAGGGAACUAGCAACCCUAAGUAG